AUGACCAUCAAAAACCUAUCAAUUGAAUAUGAUGCCAUCAACUGCAAAAACACCUUCACAAAUGGAGACACCAUCAAUGGGAGAAUCAUUGUGGAGGUUUCUAAGGAAACUAAAAUCCAGUCUCUCACUUUUACAGCAAAAGGAAAAGCUCGGGUCCGCUGGAGUGAACAUUACGGGCAACAUCAAUACCGGGUGUUCUGGUCUGAUGAGAAAUACUAUGACGUCAAACAUCAUAUCUUGAGAGAGGCAAGACAAGAUGGCACUGACGUCAUUGGUAAAGGACGACAUGUAUUUCCUUUUUCCUUCGAGAUUCCUGAAAGAAAAAUCCCUUCAUCUUUCAAAACCUCCAUAGGCCGAAUUGUUCAUAAAUUGAAGGCAGAGCUCAAACAAUCAAUGAAGCUGACAAAAGAGGCCAAAACCCACUUCACAUUUCAGUCCAAAGCUAACAUGGAUAUUCCUGGACUUAUGGAACCUCAGUAUGGUUGCAAGGAUAAAUCUGUCAAAGUGUUUGGCUCUGGAAACAUUUCAAUGGACGUUCGCACCAAGCGGAUGGGAUACAAGCAAGGUGAGGCUGUCAAAGUCACAGUAGACGUCACCAACAACUCAACUCGUUCAGUGAAGCCCAAAUUCAUACUGUAUGAGAAGAAGAGUUUCUUCGCCCAGGGUCGCAGGAGAGUUUCCACAAAUCAGAUCCUAAAGGAGAAGAUGGAGGCUGUUGCAUCCUCUAGAAAAGAGACUGUGACCAAGGUGAUCACCAUCCCCAGGGAACUGCCUACCUCCAUCUUGAACUGCUCCAUCAUCAAGCUGGAGUACAGGCUAAAGAUCAAUCUAGAUGUCAAAUAUACUUCAGACCUAGAGAUCAAACUCCCUAUAGUUGUCCUACCGUCCUCUGAGGGUCCCGGUAUGAAUCAAGCACCUGCUGCUGCUGCUGCUGCUGCUGGCUUUGGAUUUGAAGCAUUUGGGAACACAGACAAAGCACCCUGGAGCACUGCACCACAACCACAAGCAGCAGCCCAAGCUGUGGAUCCCCCACCUCCCUAUGGAGCACAUACUAUGUACCCUUCUAUCCAAUAA